CGAAGGCGGCCGCAUUAAGACAGCAUUUUAAUUAGGCUUCGCUAUUACACUGCUCUCCUCCUACUUACUCACUCACCAUUGUUUCUUUUAUUUUUCUUUUAUUAUAAAUAACUCACGCACCGUUGUUACAUAAACAAAGCUCUUCAUUCUCUCUCUAUCUUUUUUUUUAUCUCUCUCUCUCUUUCUCGUUUUAAUACACUCUGCUUAGUUUGCUUUCAAGAUUUGAGACUGAGACAGAGAAAUCGACAGAUAAUGUCGGGUGAGAAGCAAGCGGAGGAGGCAAUAGUGGUCUCAGGCGUCAGCGAGGCGGGGGAGGACGGAGCCGGUGGAAAAGUGGAAGAUUCAACUGCAGAGGAUAUAAACAGCGGCGAUGCCAGUGAUGGAUUUAGCAUGAAGAGUUUUCUCUGGCAUGGCGGGUCCGCUUGGGACGCCUGGUUCAGCUGUGCCUCCAAUCAAGUGGCACAGGUGCUGUUGACACUGCCGUAUUCGUUCUCGCAGCUGGGGAUGUUAUCAGGAAUAUUGCUACAAAUAUUCUAUGGACUAAUGGGAUCUUGGACUGCUUACCUCAUCAGUGUUCUUUACGUCGAGUAUCGAGCCCGAAUGGAAAAACAAGAGGCCAAAUCAUUCAAAAACCACGUUAUUCAGUGGUUUGAGGUGCUUGAUGGGCUGCUGGGUCCAUACUGGAAAGCAGCGGGGCUCGCAUUUAAUUGCACCUUCUUGUUAUUCGGAUCAGUCAUCCAGCUCAUCGCUUGUGCUAGCAAUAUAUAUUACAUAAACGAUAGACUGGACAAGAGGACUUGGACGUAUAUAUUUGGUGCUUGUUGUGCCACGACCGUCUUCAUACCAUCUUUCCACAAUUACCGUAUUUGGUCUUUCCUCGGUCUUGCCAUGACCACUUACACUGCUUGGUACCUCACCAUCGCCGCAUUUCUCCAUGGCCAAGCUGAGGGUGUGACACAUUCUGGUCCGACCAAACUUGUGCUGUACUUUACCGGAGCUACCAACAUCCUCUAUACAUUUGGUGGACACGCUGUGACUGUGGAAAUAAUGCAUGCGAUGUGGAAACCAAGGAAGUUUAAGAGCAUAUACCUGAUGGCGACACUGUACGUCUUCACGUUAACGCUUCCGUCAGCCUCCGCCGUCUAUUGGGCUUUCGGCGACCAGCUUCUCAACCACUCAAAUGCUUUCUCUCUCCUCCCUAAAACGCGUUUCCGUGAUGCCGCCGUCAUCCUCAUGCUCAUCCAUCAGUUUAUAACAUUUGGAUUUGCGUGUACACCGUUAUACUUCGUAUGGGAAAAAGCAAUAGGAAUGCACCACACUAAAAGCAUAUUUCUAAGAGCGAUCGUGAGGCUGCCGGUGGUGGUUCCUAUAUGGUUUCUAGCCAUCAUUUUCCCAUUUUUUGGUCCCAUAAACUCCGCGGUUGGAGCUCUACUCGUUAGCUUCACCGUCUACAUCAUCCCUGCCUUAGCCCAUAUGCUCACCUACCGCACCGCCUCUGCCCGUCGGAAUGCGGCGGAGAAGCCGCCGUUCUUUUUGCCAAGCUGGAGCGGAGUUUAUGUGAUAAACGCAUUUGUGGUGGUUUGGGUGCUAGUUCUAGGGUUCGGGUUUGGAGGAUGGGCAAGCAUGACCAACUUCAUCAGGCAAAUUGACACUUUUGGCCUCUUUGCCAAGUGCUAUCAAUGCAAGUCGCCGAUUCCUCCUCCUCCUACUCCGACCACCGGUAAUCACCACCGCCGUUAGUGAAGUAUGAAAGUGUGAUUUUCUUCAGUUUUCUUUUUCUUUUUCCUAUGUAUAAAAGAAACGUACGUAUAUCAGCGAAUUAACAAUGUUAUAUAUAUUUGAAAUUUGGUUAACAUCA